AAGGAAAAUGGAGGCAGAAAGGACAACUUAACGUCAACUCACCUCGUUUAGAGGUACUUUAAACUUUUAGGUUUCGUAUAGUGGCAAACAACACAAUGCACAAGCUGGCUUUGUUUGGCAGUGCUGCUCGAGCGGUAUGUGUUGGAUCGAGCGGACUUCAUGCGCACAAUUUACUUGGUUUUUGCCUCAUGAGACAUCAGACUCAGAGGAGAACAUACACUCAAGAUCAAGUCAAGAACAGCACAGGACACUUUAACUGUUACAGACUAGAGCACAGGACUCUCAUCAAUGUUUCUGGACACGACACGAAUUCUUUUCUUCAAGGAAUAAUCACUAACGAUACGGGUCUUCUGGAAGAGGAUGGGACCAAAGCUAUGUAUGCGCACAUGUUGAAUGUACAAGGCAGGACAUUGUAUGACAUAAUCAUUUACAGUUUAAAGGAAAAUCUGAGUGGAUUUAAAGGUGUUCUUCUGGAGUGUGACUGCUCUGUGCAGGAGUCCAUUAUUAAACAUCUGAAAAUGUACAGGAUACGUCGCAAGGUAAACAUCAGCGUGUGUACCAAUCUCUCACUGUGGGCUUUGUUACCUCAAAACAAAGAUGAUGUGCUGAAGAAAACCAAUCCAAAUGUGACAGCUCCAGAAAAAGGGUUUGUUUUGGAGAUAGACCCAAGAACUGAGUUUAUGGGAUGGAGACUGAUCACCAGUCAUGAGGUCAAUCCAGCGGAGAUCAUUUCUGCCUGUCACCAGGGUAACACAGAAGAAUACCACCAGCAUCGAUAUGAAAUUGGACUACCUGAAGGUGUCAAAGACCUUCCACCAGGCGAGGCCCUCCCUCUGGAGUCUAAUCUGGUCUAUAUGCAGGGAAUCAGCUUCAUAAAGGGCUGCUACAUUGGACAGGAAUUAACUGCCAGAACUCACCACACUGGUGUAAUACGGAAACGUCUAAUGCCUGUUACCAUGUCUGCACCGGUGGAAAACGUGGACCAGGGGGCUGUUCUAGAGACUGAAGGAGGCAAACCAGCUGGAAAGCACAGAGCAGGAAUUGGCCUGCUGGGCUUGAGCCUUGUACGCAUGGCUCAUGCCAAAGAGCAACUGAUACUUAAAUCUUCUGAUAAUACGACUGUGACAUCACAGGCUACGGUGCCUUACUGGUGGCCAAAAAACGCUAAAGAUAAAUGAUUUGGUGAUGGAAGGCCCAGUUUUAUUAGCACUUCUGUUACAUAUAUUGUUUUUAAAUGCCUGCCAGAGUACUGUCAUUGCACUGCUAAACAUAUUUAUUUAUACUUGAUGUAAAAGCUAGUUUAAUCUAAAUCAAAAUAAAGUUCAAUCCUUAUUUAUAGAUAUGCAAAUAAAAUUAUUUAAUCUA